CGCGCUGCCACCCCCGGCCCCGCCCGCGCCCCUCCCCGUCCCGCCCAGGGGCGGCCUCCGGGGCACCGGCUGCGAGCGGAGCGGCACCGGCACCGGGACGGAGCGGCCGGGCCGCAGAACAAUAGCGGCGCUGGGAACAAUGGAGCGGCCGCCGCUCCCCGCCUAGCGAUGCGGCCGAGGGCAGAGAUCGCAGCCCGGGAGUAGCGCAGGAACCGCGGCCAGCGCAGGAUCCGCGGCCCGGGCGUUCUCCCCCCCGGGCAGAGUGGCUGCCUUGCCUUUCCUGACCCCGCCGUGUCCCCCCAGCCCCGCUCCCCCCAUGCCCGCCCGGCCCCGCCAUGGAGCUCAGCACGGGGGGCGCGGUGCCCUGCGGGAAGGACAAAUUCAUCUCCAGGAAUGAGCUGCUCCUGCACCUCAAGACCUACAACAUCUACUACGAGGGGCAGAACCUGCAGCUGCGGCACCGGGAGGAGGAAGGGGAGCUGAUCGUGGAGGGGCUGCUGAACAUCUCGUGGGGGCUGCGCCGCCCCAUCCGCCUGCAGAUGCAGGACGACAACCAGCGCAUCCGCCCGCCGCCCUCCUCCUCCUCCUGGCACUCGGGCUGCAACCUGGGCGCCCACGGGUCCGUGCUGAAGCCCAGCACCCUGCCGGACAUCCAGGUGACAGAUGUGGACACGGCCACCGGCACGGAGAAUCCCGGGAAUGGCACAGCCCCCAGGGCAGAGGAGGCCCCGCAGCUGAUGAGGACCCGCAGCGACGUCGGCGUCCGGCCCCGCGGCAGCGCCCGCACGGCCGGCGAGCAGCGGCGGCUGCGGCGGCACCGCUUCUCCAUCAACGGGCACUUCUACAACCACAAGACCUCGGUGUUCACGCCCGCCUACGGCUCCGUCACCAACGUGCGCAUCAACAGCACCAUGACCACGCCCCAGGUGCUCAAACUGCUGCUCAACAAGUUCAAGAUCGAGAACUCAGCAGAGGAGUUUGCUCUGUACAUGGUGCACACGAGCGGAGAGAAGCAGCGGCUGCGCGGCAGCGAUUUCCCGCUGCUGGCCCGGGUGCUGCAGGGCCCCUGCGAGCAGGUGUCCAAGGUGUUCCUCAUGGAGAAGGACCAGGUGGAGGAGGUCACCUACGACGUCGCCCAGUACAUCAAAUUCGAGAUGCCCAUCCUCAGGAGCUUCAUCCAGAAGCUGGAGGAAGAGGAGGACCGGGAAGUGAAGAAGCUGAAGCACAAGUACUCCAUCCUGCGGCUGAUGAUCGAGCAGAGGCUGGAGGAGAUCUGCGAGGGCCCCACGGCCAUGUGAGCAUCCCUGGGAUGUGCUGCUCCAACCCCCAGCCCCAAAACGCUCCUGGACGGCCCCAAACCCCCCUCCCAAAAUCUCCAUCCCUCAAAAUCCUCGGGGGGCUCCGAGGCUCUGCCUCCCUGGGGCAGCUCCAGCCAAAACCUCAAAUCUGGGGAAAAAAAAGGCAAAAAAAUAAAAUAGAAAAUAGAGGAAAUCUGUGAGCAGCACCAAGGUGGGGCUGCCAGAAUUGCAGAGCUGGGAUUUUGGGGGGCUCGGGUUGGAAAUGCCCAAUUCUGGAAAAUACAGGGGAAAAAAAUUUAAAAAAGAGAAAAAAGAGGAGAAUUCCAGAGCUGGAAUUUUGGGAGGCUCGGGUUGGAAAUGCCCAAUUCUGGAAAACACAGGGGAAAAAAAACAAGGAAAAAAAAGAGAAAAAGGAGGAAAUCUGUGAGCAGCACCAAGCUGGGGCUGCCAGAAUUCCAGAGCUGGGAUUUUGGGGGGCUCGGGUUGAAAAUUCCCAAUUCUGGAAAAUACAGGGGAAAAAAAUACAAAAAAAAAAGAGAAAAAAGAGGAGAAUUCCAGAGCUGGAAUUUUGGGGGGGCUCAAGUUGGAAAUUCCCAAUUCUGGAAAAUACAGGGGAAAAAAAUUUUUAAAAAAGAGAAAAAAGAGGAGAAUUCCAGAGCUGGAAUUUUGGGGGGCUCAGGUUGAAAAUGCCCAAUUCUGGAAAAUACAGGGGAAAAAAAAUUUAAAAAAGAGAAAAAAGAGGAGAAUUCCAGAGCUGGAAUUUUGGGGGGCACAGAUUGGAAAUGCCCAAUUCUGGAAAAUACAGGGAAAAAAAAAAAAAUUAAAAAAGAGAAAAAAGAGGAGAAUUCCAGAGCUGGAAUUUUGGGGGGGCUCAGGUUGGAAAUGCCCAAUUCUGGAAAAUACAGGGGAAAAAAAUUUAAAAAAGAGAAAAAAGAGGAGAAUUCCAGAGCUGGAAUUUUGGGGGGGCUCAAGUUGGAAAUUCCCAAUUCUGGAAAAUACAGGGAAAAAAAAAAAAUUAAAAAAGAGAAAAAGGAGGAGAAUUCCAGAGCUGGAAUUUUGGGGGGGCUCAAGUUGGAAAUGCCCAAUUCUGGAAAAUACAGGGGAAAAAAAUUUUAAAAAGAGAAACAAGAGGAGAAUUCCAGAGCUGGAAUUUUGGGGGGCUCAGGUUGAAAAUGCCCAACGUGGCUCCCCAUGAGGGUCCUGCUGCUCAGCAGCAACAGAGCACAAAAAAUUCCUCUUUUUUUUAAUGAGAAAAGCACAUUCCUGCCCUAUCACCGCAAUAAUUCCCAGGUGUGGGGAGGAUUUAUAAACCCCGAGGGUUGGCUGAGGUUUUGGGGGGUUUAACCCCGACCUGGGGGCUCGUGGGUGCAUUUCCAGCCCAGGAGAAAAUCCCAAUUUUCCCCCCAAAGCUGCAGCCACGGCGUGGCCCCUCCAUCCCCCCCCUGUAAUUUGCACUAAUAUUUCAGGAUUUUGCAGAAAACCACGAUGUCAAACCUCUCUGGUAGCUGAAAAUGCCAAAAACCACAAAAUCGAAUGGCUGAGGGCCUCGAGCACCUCGAGGGGUCUGGGUGGGGAAAGGGGGAGAGGCAGGAGGAGGCAGAAAUAAAGAGGAUUUUGUUUUCCAAAUCCAUUUUCUAGCCAGGAAAUGCUCCUGGUGAAACCAGGAAAAACCUCUUUCCUCCCAGGCUAAACCAGCAAUACCCAUUUUAUACCUCGAUGUGAAUUAACCUCUGACUUUCCCCCAUUUCCCUAUAAGUUUUUGCAAUGCAUCUUUGUAGAUUUUUUUUAAUUUUUAAAUUUUAAAUUUUAAUUUUAAUUUUAAUUUUAAUGGUACCUUUUCCACCUUUAACUCGCGUUGGGGAAAGUGUUUGUACAGCGAGAGGAGCUUUGGAUGUGUUUGAAGGAUGAUUGUGGCACUGCUGCGUGGAUUAACAAGGAAAUAAAAUAAAUAAAAAUAAAAUAAA